AUGUUUUCCGAGGGCCGAGAAGAUGUGAACGACGAAGAGCGUGCCGGACGCCCAAGCACGUCAACAACAAACGAAAACAUUGAUGAAGUGAAGAAAAUAGUAUUGGUCAAUCGUCGAAUCACCGUUAGAGAAGUUGCUGAGGACCAUAACAUAUCGAUUGGCUCGUGCCAUUCGAUUUUUACCAAUGAUUUGGGCAUGACACGGGUCGCCGCGAAAUUCGUACCAAAAUUGCUCAAUUUCGACCAAAAACAGCAUCGCAUUAACAUUGCUCAGGAGAUGUUGGACUCUGUCCGCGACGACCCAAAUUUGCUCCAGAGGGUCAUAACUGGUGACGAAUCAUGGGUUUAUGGUUAUGACGUUAUUCACACAAAAUUUGAUACAGAUUCUUUGAUCCAUUUUUUGGAAUAG